AUGGAGCAUUUUGUGAAAUAUUCGAACGCAUCUCUUAAUAACCGAGUCCUGCUUAUCCUCGACAACCACGAAAGUCAUAUCAGUGUUGAAGUCGUUAAAUAUGCAAAAUCAAAUGGAGUCACUUUGCUGACUAUACCCCCCCACUGCAGCAGAAAGCUACAGCCAUUAGAUGUUUCCGUCUAUUCAUCUUUCAAGACUAGAUAUAAUUCAGCCAUGAAUAACGGGAUGAUCAGUAACCCAGGACGAACUGUUACGAUCUACAAUAUACCUGGAUUUGUAAACACAAUCAUGUCGCAGGCUUUUAGUCUAUCCAAUAUUUUGAGUGGAUUUCGAUCAACUGGGAUACACCCCUAUAACCCGGACAUCUUUACAGAUUACGACUUUUUAUGCUCUGCGGUAACAGAUAGAGAAAUGACUAGUGAACUCCAAAAGCAAGAUGUUUCUUCGAUUACUUCACCCUCGGUCGCUGCAAAAGUACCAUCAGAUUCAACCACGGUCGCAUUACCUUCAACAUCUACUGUACGUCAGUCAGAGCCUUCAACAUCAGCAUCAGUAUUCACGAAUGAAACUGCAGCUCCUAGAAUCAAUUCACCAUCAAUUUUGACUGCGGAAGAAUCCGGUCAAGCAAAUACAAUACCAAGACGAUCAGCAGAGAUAGCUUCUACAUCUAAUGUUCUGGAUAUGACAACGGUAGAUUCUGAUUCCGGACACACACCAAAAAUAGUUUUACCACAAACAAUUCGACCAUUUCCAAAAGCUACUUCUAGAAAAAGUCUUCGUCGUGGUAGACAGCCCGGAAAAACUAAAAUUUUAACAAAAACGCCAGAAAAACUAGACCAAGAUGAUAAGUAUGCACCGAAAAAUAAGAAAAUUAAAAUAACUACGAAAAGGCAAACAGGCAAAGCAAAUAAAAAGACAGUAAAAAGACAAGUUUUACAGUCAAGUGACAGUGAGACAGACCUUGACGAAGAACCCAAGUAUCAUGAUAGUUCUGAUAGUCCCUGGGAUGAAGUACCAGAUGUUACUGAUAAUUGGUUUUGUUUCAUCUGUAGGGAAGACAAAGUUAUGGACAUGAGACUUUGUGCUGUUUGUGGCAAAAAUGUCCAUGAAAUGUGUGUUGGACUAUCCAAAGACGAUAAGGAGCAGUUUAUUUGUCCCAAUUGCUCCAAUUAA